UCCUGCUACUGAUACAGAGUCCCCGCUACGUGCGCGUAUCCGGCGCUAUCUGUUGCUCCGGGGAGCUAACUGCGCAUGCCCGUGCAGUAAUCAUUGUGGUUAUGUAUUUUUAGCCUCGGCCUUAAGUGGUACCUUUCUCCCCCUGUAAUCCGGAGCUCGUUGCGAUCCCUCCUGCUCUCUGUCUGCGCCCCAGUGCCUGGUCUGGUUAGUAAGGAGACAUGGGUUGUUUCUUCUCCAAGAAAGCGAAGAGGAAGAGAAACAGCGAAGAGGCGAAAGCAGGGGAGCAGCCGCAGCAAGAUGGGGAAGAGCCCAAGCAGUAUAGUUGGGACAAGAGGGAGAAGGUUGACCCAAAGGAUUAUAUGUUUUCUGGACUAAAGGACCAGACUGUAGGCAAACUGCCAGAUAAAGUUGCAGGUCAACAAUUUGUUAUACAGGAGUGUGAAAACUGCAACAUCUACAUCUUUGACCACUCUGCAACCAUCACUAUUGACGAUUGUACCAACUGUCGCAUAUUUUUAGGGCCUGUAAAGGGCAGUGUGUUUUUCCGUGACUGUAAAGACUGCAAAUGCGUGGUGGCCUGCCAACAAUUCCGCACUAGGGACUGCAGGAGAAUGGAUGUGUUCCUGUGCUGCUCCACCCAGCCUAUUAUAGAGUCCUCUACAGGCAUGAAGUUUGGAUGCUUUCAGUACUAUUACCCAGAGCUGGCAUUGCAGUUCAAGGAAGCUGGAUUGAGCAUUUUUAACAAUACAUGGAGCAACAUCCAUGACUUUACACCUGUUGCUGGAGAAACAAACUGGUCCCUUCUCCCACCUGAUUCUGUCAUCCAAGAUUUUAUACCCCUGCCUGAUUCAGAAGAGCUGAAAUGUGUUCGGGUUUCUGCAGAUAUUCAUAAGAGCAUAAUACCUGUAACCUGGGGGCAGCGGCUGAAGAAAAGUGAUGAAUCCUGCUUGGUGGUUUUCUUUGCUGGAGAUUACACCACAGCAAAUGCUAGAAAAAUGAUCGAUGAGAUGGUUGGCAAAGGGCUAUCUCUUAUUCAGACUAAGGAAGUUGCAAUGAAAACUGAAGAUGCAAAAAGAGUAUUUCAGGACAAAGUCACAGAUUUAAUCUCUCUGGUGGAGAAAGGUCCUGUAGUUGCACUGGAAUUUAAUGGCGAUGGAGCAGUAGACAACUGUCAGUCAGUGAUCAGCAACACCUUCAGUGGCUCCAAGGUGUUUGUAUCAGAGAGCAAAGAGUCGGCUUCUCGAGACGUUGACAAUUUCUACAACUUUGCCGACAUGCAGAUGGGAAUGUAAUAUACUUGUGCUAUCUCUUUCAGCCUUUGUUCCUCAUGUUUACAUGCAGCAAACCUCUUUUUCCAGAACUGCUUUCUGUAUGCCAACAUCAUUUCUUCCCCUAAAAAUAUCCUGUUUAAGGAAAUACUGUUCAUGUUAAACAAUGAUGUAACCUUUGUGACUAAAGGGUAUUUGCAGUAGUGUAUUGAAAAGAGCAUUCCAGGUGCUAUAUAAAUAAAUGAACAUGAUAGCAUUGCUUUCUAAGCACAUAUCUCUGUGCUUUGAAUGUAGCUUAUUUACACAUUGCCCUUCACUUGACUUGAGGAAUGGUGAUGUUUUUUCUCUGCUCUCCCCUGCAUCACAAAGUGGUUUAUUCUGAUAUUCCAAAUCUCCAAACUCUCAGUUUUGAAUAAGCCUUGUGCAUUGCCAGCAAUGCAGAGGUGCAAAUGUGAACAAGUAGAAUGUUUAUUUACAGUCUCUUUGUUGUUUAGUAAAUUAAAUAAUUGUUGUACAACCAACAUUUUAAUAGAAAUGUACAUUUGGUAUAAAACUGGAAUUUUACUGCAUUUUUUAAAAGUAUCAUUUUUUUACAAUUGUGUAGGUAUACAGUUUAGAAAUAUGGCAUUCCAAAAAUUCAGGGUACUUGAGGAUAAUAGUAAGCAACUUAAAAUAUUUUUUUCAAGAAUAUUUAUUUUACCAUUGUAUGUCCAAGUAUCUUUAAAUAAGUAACUUACAUUGUGAUCAUGUAUAUUUUGUUAAAGAAUUGCACUCUCAGAUCAAAUUUUUUUUAUACUGUGAAAUUGUGAUUUUUUUUUUCUGAGCUUAUCAUGCUUUUGUAAUUUUGAGGAACGUUUCAAAAUAUAAAUAUAUAGCUUAUGUUCUUUGUAUCUGUGUAAAGUCGAAGGCAUGUGAGACUCUCAAGAUAUUAGCCCUGCUUGCCAGAUACCUUAUUGUUAGGAAGAGCAGAGGAUCUAAUUGAUUGGCUCUGAAGAGUUACUUUGGAAGCUUCAUAUUUGCAAAGUUACAGAUUAUUCUGUUAGUUUUCAAAUUGUGACGCAACACAUUUCUAAAGUGUAUGAAAACUCUUCUCUACACUCCUUUUGUAAGCACUUUUCUUUUUUUUUAAAGGAGUAGGAUCACAUGAUUUAUUUUCCCCAUUUUUGGGUUCUUGAUCCAGAAUGUAAGAAUACUUUUGUUAACAGUACAGUAAAUAGGACUUUUGUUAAAAAUAUCUCAUGCCUAUUCUUUUUUACUUACAAAAGACCUUUGCCCUGUGAUCACAAGAGUUUGUUUAAAUAAAAACAAUGAAGGUAGUGAUUUUUUUUAAUACAGGCAAUUAAUCUCCCCAUGUGUCAUUGCCCUUAGGUCAGUGGCACAUAGGGAGAUUUGUAGCCCAUGGUUAAACCUCAUCUAGCGUGGGUGACAACUCCCCUGAAUACUUUGCCACCGGUGAUAAAGUGAAUCGCUGGUUGCAAAACACACACACAGAAAACAGAAGUGACGCUUAUGCCUUCCCACUAGUGAUUCAAUUAACUGCUGGUGGAAAGGCAAAUUAGGUAGAUUAGUCACCCGUGGUAGCCGAGAAUUAACCUUGAGCGACAAACCACCCCGUGUGCCACUCCCAGGGCCCAUUGGUCCCCCACGCUUACCUUUACUGCGCCGGAGGGGGUCGGGAGGUGCAUCGGUAGUGUAGAGAGCGCAAUUGCGCUCUCUGAACUAGCAGACCUGAAUUUCUGUUUUAAAGACCAGAAAUUUGCCUAUUAAAGUUACCAGGAGAGGCUUUUUGCCGCCUUUGGCAACUGCCCUUAGGCUAAUGUCCCAUGCAGAGAUUAGUUGCCCUCAAUAGAUCUCUGCCAGUGGUGAUAAACUAGUUUAUAUGUUGAUGUGAGGUGUGUAAGCUGCGGAAGCACAUAACCUUCUCUUUUUAAAUGUUUGCAUUAAUGAAUAUAAUUGACACCUGCCAUAUUACUUUGCUCUGCAUAGGAAAAUCCUCCUCACAUAAUAUAGAUAUCAGAAUACAUUUAUGAAAAAUUAGAAUGCUGUUAUUAUUUUAGGGAAAGUAAUCAGAUAGGGCCAGGGUUUCUUUUUAUUUAUUAAAUGUAGUUUGGUGUGGCCACAAUGCUCAAUGCCUAGGACCAAGCACUAUUAUGUGAUUUAUUUCAAUUUAUUUUCUGCUUAUUUAGCAGCUGUUUGCAUGUGUACUUUUUUUUUAGUUUUAAGAUAUGCUGGAUCAUAGUUCUCUUUAAUAUCAUCAGAUUUUGUUGUAACUUUUAAAUGGGACCUGUCUCCCUAA